GAAGUGAACUUGAGAGACAUGUUGCUGUUCAGUUCCAUUUGACACAUUGUCCUAACAAAGAAUAUGCUAUCUAUAUGGGAAAGGAUCAUAAACAGGAAACAGUAGCUGCGAAGACUGGAAUAUUGUCUUGAAGACUUGUCUCGUUUAAUUUUAGUGAGUGUUCUGAUUCAGACUGACACAAGUUUUUAGUGAAAGUGAAAGGAGAGACUGUCAGGCAACUACCAGAGAAAAUGGCGUCCAAGUCCUUUUCAGAAGAGGAUUUCUCCUGUCCUGUGUGUUGUGAAAUCUUCAAGAAUCCCGUUCUUCUAACAUGUAGUCACAGUGUGUGUAAAGUCUGCUUACAGACGUUCUGGGAGACUAAAGGAUCCAGGGAAUGUCCAAUCUGCAGGAGAAGAUCCUCGAAAUCUGAACCUCCAUGUAACCUGCAUCUAAAGAAUCUGUGUGAGAGUUUCCAACAGGAAAAAAAUCUGAGAGAUCCAUUCUGCAGUCUGCACCGUUCUGAACUCAAGCUUUUCUGUGAAGAUGAUAAACAGCCUGUGUGUGUGGUGUGUCGAGACUCAAAACUCCACAAGAACCACAACUUCAGUCCUAUCAGUGAAGCAGCACUUGAGCGUAAGGAAGAACUGAAGAUCAAACUGCAGCCCUUACAGAAGAAGCUGGACAACUUUAAACAAGUUAAAACUACCAGUGAUAAAACUUCCCAACACAUAAGAGUCCAGGCCCAACACACAGAGAGGCAGAUCAAGGAGGAGUUUGAGAACCUUCACCAGUUUCUACGAGAUGAAGAGGCAGACCGGUUAGCUGCACUGAGGGAGGAAGAGGAGCAGAAGAGUCAGAUGAUGAAGGAGAAGAUUGAGAAGAUGAGCAGAGAGAUCUCAUCUCUUUCAGACACAAUCAGAGCCAUAGAGGAGGAGAUGGGAGCUGAUGACAUCACAUUUCUGCAGGAGAGGGUUUCAGGACCUCUGAUCAAUGUGGCAAAACACCUGGGCAACCUGAAGUUCAGAGUCUGGGAGAAGAUUAAGGAGAUUGUUCAAUACACUCCUGUGACUCUGGAUCCCAACACUGCACACCCACAACUCAUCCUGUGUGAGGAUCUGACCAGUGUGAGACUCAGUGAUGAGACACAGCAGCUUCCUGAUAACCCAGAGAGAUUUGAUAAGUAUCCCUGUGUCCUGGGCUCUGAGGGCUUUAACUCAGGGACACACUGCUGGGAAGUGGAGGUUGGGGACAGUAAUUACUGGCACCUGGGAGUGAAGACAGAGUCUAGUCAGAGGAAGGGAGUGGGUUUCAUCACUGGAAUCUGGCGUGUGGUUCAUAAUAGUGGUGCAUAUGGAGCACGCUCUCCAUCCCACCCAGACACUCGCCUCACAUUGAAGCAGAAACCCCAGAGGAUCAGAGUGCAGCUGGACUGGGACAGAGGAAAACUGUCAUUCACUGACCCUGAUGAUAACACACACCUGUACACUUUUACACACACUUUAACUGAGAGAGUAUUUCCAUUCUUUUUGACUUAUUCACCUCUGAGGAUCUUACCAGUGAAGGCUGCAGUAACAGUAGAGCAGCUCAGUUAGAGUUCAGACACCUGCUGCAGUUCAUCACUGAACACUGAUGAUCAGGCAACAUUUUUAUUUUUGCAAUUAUUCUGGCAGCACAACACAAUUUAUUCACAUAGAAAAAUGCAUUGGUGAUAUACAUGCCAAUGAUUCAUCUGAAGUUGUGGUGGUUAUUAUAUUUCAUAGUUAUUGUAUUUUCAUGGGGAAUGCAAGAAGUAAUCUGGUCAAUUCAGCACUUCAUUCUGAUGAUUGGUUAUGGAGGAGAUGGGACAGGAAUUUCUCCUUAUUUUUUAGACUUUUCAUGAAAUGACUAGUUUUUAGAAAACUCUACUAUGAUGGGCACCUCUUGCCUAAUAACCUGAUAUCUUCAUAACUGAAGAUGAGUUUAUAAUGAUGAUUGGCUCAAAGAUUAUGUUUCAGAUCAAAAUAAUUUUUUAUAUUAUAGAUAGGUCCGGUUCUCAUUCAAAUUAAUUAAUAAUCGGUGCCAUGUUAAUUAUAUAUGCAAUCUAGAAUAUUCCAUAAUCUUUGUCAUGUCAUUUAUAUCUGUAAUCUAGAAUAUUCCGUAACUGUCUAAUAGAAGCUGGUGACAUAGACAUCACCCUCUAUCCACACUCACCAUUCCACAUCUCCCAGUUUCUGAUCACUGACUCCACCCACAUCAUCACACACCUGAAAGCCAUUAUGGACUCAGUAAGUCACUGAAUAAGUACCUGUGUCACCUGUUAUGACACCACUAUUCAAGUCUUCUUCCUGGCUGAGCAUCCCUGGUAGUUCCGAUACUCACCUGUGUCUGCCUCUCCCUUUACUGAUUUUAACUGAGCCUUUUGAUGAACCUGUUUUCCUGUGUACUGGUCUCCUGUGUCAUUGCCUUUCAUGAGUGUGCACCAUUGUAAAGAAUAAACCUUGUUCCUUAUC